AUCAAUACAUUUUUCUUUUAGAAGGACGAGUAUUUGAGUGUAAGACUGGACUUAUUAAAAGAAUGUCGGGUCUUUCGAUUACGGAGAAUUUACUCCAAAAGAAUAGUGGUUCACUUGAUGGCGGAGGCGGCGGAUCUGGCGGAUCUUCGGAAAAUUUCCGUAACCCUGAUUCGGUACGAGCUAUCGCGGCUUUUUUUGCCAUUUUAGCUACAACUCUAUCAACAUUAUCUGUUUGGUCUCAUCUCAAAAACUACAGAAAACCGUCCUUACAAAGAUAUGUAGUGAGAAUAAUAAUUAUGGUGCCGAUUUAUGCAAUUUCAUCGUAUAUUAGCUUGGCAUCAACUAGUGCAGCAGUUUACGUUGACGGUAUAAGAGAUAUGUAUGAGGCAUUUGUAAUAUAUUGUUUUUUCAACUUACUUGUGAAUUACUUGGGUGGUGAAAGGUCAUUGUUGAUUUUAUUACAUGGACGUCCCCCAACGCCUCAUCUUUUUCCUGUCAAUAUUUUUAUUAAAGAUAUGGAUGUCGGAGAUCCUUAUGCUUUUCUGUUUCUCAAACGUGGUAUCCUUCAAUAUGUUUAUUUGAAACCGAUUAUAACAGUUCUCACAAUGAUAUUAAAGUGGGCCGACACUUACGGAGAAGGUCAUAUUGAAGUUAAAAACGGUUAUAUUUGGAUUUCCCUGGUAUACAAUGUUAGCUGUUCGUUAUGUUUUUAUUGUUUAAUAAUUUUCUAUGUUUGUACCAAGGAUGACUUGAAGCCAUAUCGACCUGUGCCAAAAUUCUUGUGUGUAAAAGCUAUAAUCUUCUUUUCAUUUUGGCAAAGCUUUGCGCUUUCAAUUCUUGUGUCUCUAGGAAUUAUUCAUGAUACUGAUGAAGGAUCUGCAGAAAGUUUCUCGGUAUCAAUUCAGGAUUUUUUAAUAACAAUUGAAAUGUUCUUUGCAGCUUUGGCUCAUAAUUACGCGUUUUCUUAUAAAGAUUAUAUCGAACCAAAGAUUCAAUCAGGUCGUAUGCCGAUUAAAUAUGCCUUCAAAGAUUGUAUGGGAUUUAAAGAUGUAAUUGAAGACACUAUGGAAACAAUUCGAGGUUCACGAUUUAAUUAUCGAACUUUUGAACCGGCUGAAGGUAUGGCACAUAUUGGACCUAGUAGAACUGCAAGGAUUAUGGCUGGUUUAAGAUUUACAGGUGGUGGUGCUGGAAAAUAUUGGCUCCCUGAUCAACGGACGGCAUUAUUGGAUGAUGAUAGAAGGAGUUUAAAUUUUCCUGACCCAGAUACGGAUGAUGAGAUUGAGGCUAUGUAUGAGCAUAGCAGAAAAUUAGGAGAAUAUGGAGAUUAUAAUUUCCCAGUGAUUUAUUCAAAUAUGGGUGGAUAUCCUAGUCGACCAAAACCCAAGAGAAAACGUACCAUGUCUAAAAGGAAACAGAAAGGUAAAAGUAAAGCUCAGAGCAUCUUUGAUACGGAAGAAAGUAAUUCAGAGGAAGAUAUUGAAAAUGGGUUAAACGUAAAAUCUGGAAGAAAAGAACGACAAAUAAGCGAUCUUCCGCCGUAUAGAGAAGGUUGUGUUGAUCUCAUCAGAGAAGUUCCUAACGGGUACGGUAAGCGAUAUGAAAGUUAUGCCGACAGGUUAGGUACUUCGCUUCCCACUUCAUCAAAUAAAUCUUCAACAAUGCUACCAUAUUCUUCUGCAUCAAUGAGGGAUCCAUUUAUUCAAAUUCCAACUACUUCUAAUAAUACCUUACAACCUUUACAAAUUAACCAAGUGUCUAAAGAGGAGACAGAAUCAGAUGAAAAUAAUGAAAAUGACGAUCCUCUUCGUUCGAAUCGUGCAAGUUAUCUUAGCACAUCAAUACAAUCAUUAGAAAAGAAUAUUUGGAACGAUGAUAUCUGGAAAUUAUGAUCAUCCCAAUUUAAUUUAAUUUAAUUUAGUGAAAAAAAAAAUACAAAUAAGAACCAUUUUAAGUAAAUUUGUGAAAGAUAAGUAUCAACAAAGCAUCGAAAACAGACAAUAAACUGAAUCUGAGCUUAAUUAUUGAAUGGGUUUGAAUCAUCAAAUCCUAUCCAAAUCCUAACCAUUAGUAAAAUUAAGGAACUAGUGUUUUUAUUUAUUUUAUUUUAUUUUAUUUUAUUUUAUAUAUAUAUAUAUAUUUUUUUUUUAAAAAAAAAAAUAGACUGUAAAU